CACACACCACAAAAGGAUUAAUACAGAAACACACGCAAGGAUUAAAAUUAAAUUCCGGCGCAUAUUCAGCAUUGUUUUAAUUCACUUAAAACUACAUAAAUUUAACUUUACAUGCAAAGCGACAACUCACGUGCCCCUGAGCGGCGUCAACGGGCGUACGCUUCUUAAUUUCCAAUAUAUAUAACUAUGUCUUCGCCUUGUGUGCCAGUAAGUCCGAGCUGCUUGUAAAAAGCUACGCGAAUGUCGCGAGAGAGAGAGAGACUUUAGUUAAGCUUGCUUAAUUCAAUCAAAAGCACUAUCUGCUCCCUGGUGAAUCGUUAGUCGAUCGCUUAAGCGCAACAACUACGGUUUAUCCGAACCGCAGAACUAUUUGUUAAAAAACACCCUAAAAAUGCUUCCCUAUUGGUGUUGCAACGGCUUUGUCUUAUUGCUGGCCUGGAUAUUGGUGCUGUGUCCCUUCAUCUGUGCAAAGUUGCCGUCCACAAUCAGACCAUGUGCCCGCGAUGAUCCUCAAUUGGAGCGCUGUAUCAUCAAUGCUGUCUACCAAAUAAGGCCACUAUUAGUUCACGGAAAUCUAGGGGAUGGCUAUAAAACACCUCCAUUGGAACCAUUGUCACUAGAUAAUAUCGAAUUGGGUCGGAGUAGUCAGUUUCAAGCUGUGUUUACGGAUCUCGAGGCCAAUGGAGGAAGUAACUUUAUCAUUGACCGUCUUAUCGCUAAACCGUUGGAUAUUUCUUAUGAUCUUUGGAUUACACUUCCGCGUAUCGACUUCAGAGGAAAGUAUUCGCUGCAUCUUAACUUGCUACUCCUAGAUAUAAAAGGAAAGGGAAACAUGCAGGGAUAUUGUGAAAAUGCUAAAGCAUCUGUUAAAAUGCGGGGCUCUCGCUAUCUGCGUAAUGGUAAAGACUACGUAAAGUUCACCAAGAUGACCAUGCGAAUUGAUUUUAAGGACUUCAAAUUGAACUUAGAAAACCUGUUCAAUGGCGAUCGGAUUCUGGGAGACGUUGGAAAUAGCCUUAUCAACAAUAACCAGGAACUGUACCUUAACGAAAUUGUGCCAGGCUUGGAACAAGGUCUUUCUAAAAAGUUUUUAGAUGUGGCGAAUGAAAUCCUAGCCACUGCUACCUUUGAUGAAAUGUUCCCGCCUGGAAGGACCGUCAUAAAUCCGAUAACGUAUCCGUCACGAUUACCAUCAUUAGGCCUUGGUCCAUCUAUAUUUGAGCCUCCUUUAGCGUCGCGGAACCCAGAAGGUAGCAUUUUGGGAAGCUUAUCUCCUAGAAAGUACCAUGAGAUAAAGCAUGACUAAUUUUUUAGGUAUUGUCAGUGAAAAUUGUUUUUACUUGUGGAAUGGUUUGAUAAUAUAGCAACAAAAAUGUU